AUGUCCUCGUCCGACUACUCACCUGUCUACGCCAACGACUGCAACCAACAGCUCCCUUCACACCCCUCACACCCCUCGGCUGCCCGCAACUCGCAGUCACCCUUGACGGGCCACGACCCAAACUUCCUCGACCAGGUCCUGCCGCCCUUCGACCCCUCGUCUCAUCGAGCCUCACCAUACGAAUACCCAUUCAGCGACGUCUUUGACGGCCCAUAUCGCCCUGUGCCCUCGCCCUCGCCACCCCUUGCCAACUUCCUCGACAACAUCCUAAACCCCGCGGGCCUCGAUCACAACAGGUUCUCGCCCUUUGUCUAUCAUCCGUCUCCUCCCCGCUACUUCCCUACUACAGCGGACGACAUGCCACCAACUACACGCACCCGUCCACAAAGCGCCCAGCGACCGGCACGCCUGCCGAAUGGCUAUGUUGACCUGACAGCCACGCCAGACUCUCCGCCGCAGCGAAGGAAGAGGACAUCGCCAACACCAGGCCCGUCAGCGAAGCGCCAGAAGCGAGGAGAUGCCACACCCGCGCCGCGAGAUAAUGUAGAGCCCAUCAACGUGGAAGAGGUGGACCUGACAGUCGACAAGCCGUCGGUGCAGGAAAUACUGCAGAAGCAGCGCGCAGAUGCCGUCAAAGCACAGGCAAAGCCAGAGGAGCAGCCUACAACCUUCAACACCUUCACUUGCGUCAUAUGCAUGGACAAUCCCACCGACCUCACUGCUACCGCCUGUGGUCACCUCUUUUGUCACACAUGUCUCAUGGAAGCUCUCAUAGCCGGAGAGAACCGCACUGGGCCAGGCGAACCGAAGCGAUCACAGUGCCCUGUAUGCCGAAAGACCAUCAGCCGCACAAAAGCUGCCGACAUCAUACCACUCCUGCUGAGGAAAGGUCUAGCUACUCAGCCGAGGAAGAAGGCUGUAGCAGUACCUGCUGCCACGGCCCCAAAGGUACAGUAG